AAACGGGGAGGGGCUCCGUCGACACGAGGUCAAGCAAGCAACCCUGCGAGCAGGUCAUUGCUGGCAUUUGCACCUCGAACUUCGAGUCGAAGGUGACGGGAUACGUACACGCCCACCCACCGGCGGUAAACAACUCGCUGGUCCGUCAUUCCCCAUUUCGCCUCCUACCUCUCGCACUCUCAGGCGACCCACUCACCUCGCCACCUUAUGCAGUACAGUGCAGACUUGGACCUCAUCAGUUCGUCACCUUCCUCGCUCUACACCGAGGACGAGGUGUUGACCUUCAAGCAGGAGCUGGCCUCGGUCUCCGGCGCGUCACCGACAGGCUCCAGCAGCUCCAACUCGACGCUCGCACUCACGUCCAUCAGUGACACGACGCUGCUCACAGCCGCCGAUAUGGACGAUGAUAUCUUCGGCGCUUAUUUGGGCUCUUCCGGCUCCGCUCCUGACGCCCCCACGGGUUCAUACCUAGAUCUAUACUACUCGACGCCUACGACGCAAGCUCCUCUGGGCUUCCCGCCCUCAGCAGUGAGCAACGGCCUCCCUCCGUCUGGUGCUGGCACUCCGUCGACCACGAGACAAAGCGGCGUUAAGCGCAGCUACGACAGGAUGGCGACGCCCUCAACUAAUGACAAGACGUCUCCCACGACGGCUGUAGCCACGUCCAUGUUGGCUAUGCGCUCGAAACCUCAGAAUCCGGUGGUGCACACAGGAGGCAAUACCGUCAACAUCGGUCGACGGAAUACACCGCCAGCUACUGGAGUGAAGAAAGAACAAGAAGACAGUAAUGCCACGACGGCCACUAAGAAGACUAAAGUAUCACGUGAACGGCAACUUAAGAUCAACGCGGCGUCUCGACGUUGCCGUAAGAAGCAGAAAUUGGAGCUCCAGUUCCUUCGCACGCACGUCGUGGAGCUCCAGGCAGCUCUAAAGGACCAGGUCAACUACUUACAAGGCCAAUUAUCGCAACAACAACGCGCAGCUCGUCUCUCUCACUUCGUAGACGACAGUAUGAGGAAAGUGGAGGAGAUGAGCUCUGGAGCGCGCCCAAGUCCGGCAGCGACGCCCACGGCUCCGCUCGUGUCCUUCAGCUCGGAUCUCUUGCCGUUCAGGACGGAAGAUCACAGUGGAGAAGACACAGACGGCACACAUAGUAACGAUCCUGUCAACCACAUUGAGACUGACGAUGCUAGCAGCGUCCACACGAUCGACCCGGCCACAGGCUACUCGUUAAGUGACGAGCGUAAGAAGGAACUGCUCAAUAUCGCGUCCUUCGUACGUGUAAACAUCAGCUUGGAGAGCAGCAGCUUCGCACCGGAAGUGAUCUCGUGUCUUCCGAUCGAAAUGGACGGCUGGCAACUGCGUCUCGCUAUUACAGAGAAGAAUUACACGAUCCACAACCAGAAAUUCUUCCCGUGUAAUGUCAGGGACAUGUUCGACUUCUGCUGGGAGACGAAUGUGGCUCAGAAGAUCUCCAUCAAGCACGGUAAGAAGCACUACGUUGUGGUUACUCCGCUGGAUCAAGACGUGGCUCACGUGUACUCCAAGACCACGGGAAAAUGGUCAUUGAAUGUCCACGGAGUCCCCAAUGUCAGCUACAACAGCAUCGUGUGUCGAAGAUUCAUGCCGGAGGAACAGCGGGCUAUUAUUUGUCAACAGAGCGUCUUGGAGGAGCGCGAUUUCCAGGAUGAGACCACGUUACCUUGGCUCUUUAAGCGGUGGGUUGUCUUCCGGCCACAGGUCCAGGACGGCGUCGAAGGAACUUUUGUAGAGGCCUAUCGCACCGCCAGCUACGCCACUGGGAGACUCAUUUACAAGGAAAACAAGACGUACGACAGCUUCUGCGAACACUUGAUCCGACGCUACGCCGAGUCCAACUCGCUCUUGGAGCGUAUGAUGGCCCAGGACAAGCGAUUCGCGCACGCCUUCGACGCUAGUGUGCGCUCGGGCGCCGAGGCUGAGUCAGCCACUGUAUCCGACCGCAUGAUCAAGGAUCUGCUGCUCUUCUGAGCCAAUAUUUAAAUGCAUUUCUUGGCGAUAAGAUGUGUCUAAGUAUCUAUUCACAAAAUGUGCUUAAGGCCUGCUAUCACUGUGGUGUCUAUGGGUUUUGGCAGGUUAAAGGUACAUGUGUUUGUUCCUGGG